AUAUCAGCUAGAGAACUUUCUCUUGAGUAGUUCACUAACAGCUUCCAAAUAAAAACAGAGUGCAAAGCACUGAGGAUAUUGGCAACUGAUAAGAACUGAAGAAUUUCCAGAAUGAGUCAAGCUGAGGAAAGCAGUAUCCACUCGACGUGGAAUAUUGUGAGGUCAGUAGUCUGCAUAAUACUGAGCUUGUCAUUUAUUAUUGGGACCCCUGGAAAUUGCAUUGUCAUCUGGACUGUUUGUACAAAAAUGAAGCAAGUAUCUCCUUCCGUCCUGCUGAUCUUGAACCUGGCCAUUGCAGAUGUCCUUGUACUGAUUACUUUACCAAUUUGGAUUUACUCCUUUGCUGACUCAUGGAUUUUUGGAGUCAUCUUCUGCAAAAUACUGGUUUUCAUUAUUUACUGCAGCAUGUAUGCUAGUAUAUUUCUAAUUACAGCACUGAGCUUGGAGCGGUUACUGGCUGUGUACUACCCUUUCACAAUUCAAAGAUACAAAACAAAAGAGAAGAUUUGUUUAAUCAUGUUCCUCAUUUGGUUCCUGUCUAUUGCUUUCGGCAUUUCUGUCAUUCCAUUUCAAGAGACAGAAGCAGCAAAUGGUGGACUACUAUGCACAUGUCGCAACUACUCUUCUAGCAGACAAAAAGUGUCAUAUCUUUUGCUGGAGACUCUUGCAGGUUUUGUAAUCCCUUUUUUAAUUAUUUGCACUUGUUAUACAUGUGUUGCAAGAAGAAUAAGCAGAAUGACUUACCAAUCUAAGCAGCGAUCAGAACGGCUCAUUGCCAGCAUUGUGGUGGCGUUCAUUUUGUGCUGGUUCCCUCAUCAUCUCUUUAACGUCUUAGAUAUUAUUUCAAUUCAGAUAGAACUCUCUAACGAGGAAAUGUCUUUGGCACUGGAUGAAAUUGUGGGCAGAGGAGUGUACAUCUCUGGAGCACUUGUAUUCAUCAGUAGCUGUAUUAACCCUCUACUUUAUGCUUUUGCUGCACGAAGAUUUCAGAAUCACCUGAGAUUUGCCAAGAUAUCGAAGCUGUUUGAACAGAUGAGUCAAACAGAGGAAGACAAGAAAAAAAGUUUGGUUGUAACCAAACGGGAAGAGACUUUAGUAAGCACAGAAAAUCUCUAACAAGGAACAUAGACUUGGUGAAUAAUCUGAUUCUGUGUCAUUCCUUCAGUAGUCCUUUCUCCUCAUGCUCUCAGUUUCAUUUACUAAGCAGACCAGGUAAAACUAGAAGUUACUGGGCUUUGGUUUGUGUGUUAUGAAAGAAUUGGCAUUGGCAACCUAGUUCAGUUCCUAAGUUAGUACCCACAUCACGAAAUUUUCACUGGUGCUGAGAACUUCAGCAAGAUGGCUAUAAGCUCAAAGUGUAAGGAAUACAGCAUUUUUACUUUCCAUUAAAAUUAUUUGUGAUUUCUAGAAAGUCUGUGUGCAGAAAAAAAAAAAAAAAGGACUCUAUCUGGAAAACAAAAGCUUUGAAAGUUUAAAACUAAGUUUUCCCUCAGAAAAAAAGUUAGAUGCUCAGAAAUCCUUAUAUAAUCUAAAGUUUUAAGAGAGCACACCUAAAUUCUUGAUAUGGUUAAAAAUGGUUUUAAAGUAUAUUAAUGACUCAUAGAGCUCUUUUGGGUAGAUGGAAAAUAUAAAGCUUUUCUUAUUUAUUGCUUUAUUUAGGUUUGAAAGUAAUAAGGGCUGGUUACACAGUCGAGCUCAUUUACUGAAUUAUCUUGUGUUAAUAGGUUUUAAAAAGUAAAAUGUGAAGUGUGACAUGCCUCUUCAGGAAAAAACAGGAGGUACAAGAAUUCUGUGUUGCAUGGCAAACAUAGUUACAGACUUCAUGCUAUAUUUGAUGUCAAAUACAUUGCAUACUUCAGUGGCAAUUAAACUAUUGAUAUAUUAAAUAUGCAUACUGUGAGUAUCCUCAAAAAGUUUGAUUCAGUUAAGCUUCCAAGAUGUCUAUUAAAUUAUUGAGGAAUUGGAUCAAGCUCUGGUGGGAGGGAAGGAGGGAUCCUCAAUACUAUUUUUAUGUGUAAGAAAAUUAUGGUAGUGGUACAAAUAAAAGCAUUAUUUUUUUCUUCUCUUGUAGAAUAGACUAUACUUUGCCAUAAGAGACCAAUAAAUUUAGCAGUUGCAGGGACCUUAUUUUAGUUUUGUGAAUGUGCGCAAACUCACUGUGGAAAAACUGCGUGGCAUCAAGUGUUUGCUUUUGAAGGUUUUUUCUUUUUACUUCAGUUGUGCCUAAGAUUUUUUAUGCUUACUCUUGCUUAUUUUGAAGUCAAUGAUUUGUAAUAAUAUGUUGUUCUGGAGAGCUGCCAAAUGGCUACGUUAGUCAUCUUUACAAAGAAAUUACAAAUACUAACUAUAACUUAAUUUUCAAAAUCUGAUUAUGUAACAAGCAAAAAUAUUUGAGUUGUAUUAAUUUAGCUUGUAAACUGAAAUA